UUAGUUUUUGGACGCAUACUGUAUAUUAUAACCUAUAUUUUGUUAUUUAGUGCACUUGUCUCAAUGCUGAAUUACUUUUAAAUUAAUUUAAAUUUUAUCUACUACUAUAGGAGUAACUCAUAAUUCUUAAACAAUUUGGCUACAGCUAUGAAAACUCAGUUCAGCUUUGAUUUCAGAGCCAUACAACUUAGGAUAACUGACGGAUCUACAAAUCCUCACAUGAUAUAUAUAAAGGAACAUUUAGUGAGAGAUCAUACAGCAGACAAACCUUCGGGUCGUACACUAUUUAUUGUCAAUGUACCACCAUAUGUUGAUGAACAAAGCAUUACCAAUGCUUUCAAAGAAGCUGGCUCUAUUCAAUCUGUCCACUUUUCAGAAAAACCUAACACAAUUAAUUCCAAUACUGAAAAAUUUACAUUGGGCUCAUGUAAGUCUUCUUUCAGAGUUUGUUACUUAGUAUUUAAAAAAGUCGCUUCUUUGCAGAAUGCUUUAAAAUUAAAGGAGCUACAACCAAUGAACUUAGAUAAACAUAUUUUUCUAGGAAUAAAUAAGUUUAUACACGAGUAUAAUGAAAAAGUUAUUAAGCCUAUGGAACUUAAAAAUAGAAUUGAGGUAUUUAUGAAAAGGUGUGAUGAGAAAAUUAAGAAAGAAAUAGAGAAGGAAAAGCAAUUGGAGCAAGAAGAUGAUGAAGGUUGGAUUACAGUUACCAAGAGAAGUAAGAUUCAAAGCUUUGCUCGAACUGAAAAAGUUGAAAAUAAAAUAAUGUCUAAAGAGAAAAAAAGUAAGAAAAAGAAAGAACUAACCAAUUUCUACACAUUUCAAAUAAGAGAGUCUAAAAUGGAACACAUUGUUUCAUUAAGACAGAAGUUUGAUGAAGAUAAAAAGAAGAUUGCACAAAUAAAACAAAGUAGAAGAUUUAAGCCAUUUUAAUUGCUUACCAGUAUAAUAAAACAUCAAUAAAUAUA